AUGGCAGCACCCAUUCUCCCAUUAACCACAUUUUCUCUCACAAAACCCAACACAGAAACAACACCAAAACACCAAACUGCUAUCUUUCAUAUCCUUUCUCUCAUACCCAAAUGCACCAAUCUCACAGACCUCAAACAAGUUCAAGCUUACUCCAUUAAGACCCAUCUUCAAAACAACACCAAUGUCGUCACAAAGUUCAUAAAUUUCUGCACUUCUAACCCCACAGAAGCUUCCAUGGACCAUGCAUACCACCUGUUCGACCAAAUUACUCUACCAAAAAUUGUUCUUUUCAACACCAUGGCACGUGGGUAUGCUCGCGUUAAUGACCCUCUUAGAGCAAUGAUUCUCUUUUCUCGCGUUCUCUUCUCCGGCCUUGUUCCCGAUGACUACACAUUUUCUUCACUUCUCAAGGCUUGUUCAAAGGUUAAGGCUUUGGAAGAAGGGAAACAACUGCAUUGUUUUGCUUUGAAACUUGGGGUUAGUGAUAAUGUAUAUGUUGUUCCAACACUUAUUAAUAUGUAUACUGCUUGCGGUGACAUUGAUGCUUCUAGAAGGGUUUUUGAUAAGAUUGAAGAGCCUUGUGUUGUUGCGUACAAUGCAAUCAUUACUAGUUUAGCUAGGAAUAGUCAACCUAAUGAGGCAUUGGCUUUGUUUAGAGAAUUGCAGGAGAGAGGUCUUGAGGCGAGUGAUGUUACCAUGCUUGUUGUUCUUUCGUCCUGUGCUUUGCUUGGAUCAUUGGAUUUGGGGAGGUGGGUGCAUGAGUAUGUUAAGAAGUAUGGGUUUGAUCGAUAUGUGAAGGUAAAUACAACUCUUAUAGAUAUGUAUGCUAAAUGUGGGAGCUUGGAGGAUGCUGUUAAUGUGUUUAGAGACAUGCCUAAGAGAGACACGCAGGCUUGGUCGGCGAUGAUCAUGGCUUAUGCAACACACGGGGAUGGUUUCCAAGCAAUAUCGAUGUUGAAAGAAAUGAAGAAAGAAAAAGUGCAGCCUGAUGAGAUAACUUUUUUAGGUGUAUUGUAUGCAUGUAACCAUAACGGAUUGGUAGAAGAAGGUUUUGAAUACUUUUGUAGUAUGACUGAUGAGUAUGGGAUUGUUCCUAGUAUAAAACAUUAUGGGUGUAUGGUGGAUUUGCUUGGUAGAGCCGGAAGAUUGGACGAAGCCUAUAAAUUCUUAGAUGAAUUACCCAUUAAGCAAACACCGAUUCUGUGGCGAACAUUGCUAUCUGCUUGUAGUAAUCACGGCAAUGUUGAAAUGGGAAAACAAGUAAUUGAGAGAAUAUUUGAAUUGGAUGAUUCACAUGGUGGAGAUUAUGUUAUUUUAUCGAACUUGUGUGCAAGAUAUGGAAAAUGGGAUGAUGUGAAUCACUUGAGGAAAAUGAUGUUAAACAAAGGAGCCGUGAAAAUUCCUGGUUGUAGCUCUAUAGAGGUCAACAACAUUGUGCAUGAAUUCUUUGCCGGGGAUGGAGUUCAUUCCAUUUCUCCAACGUUGCACCGUGCACUUGAUGAGUUGAUGAAGGAAUUGAAGUUGGCUGGGUAUGUACCUGACACAUCACUCGUCUUUCACGCAGACAUGGAAGAUGAGGAGAAGGAAAUUAUUCUUCGAUAUCACAGUGAGAAAUUGGCCAUUACUUUUGGACUUGCGAAUACGCCGCCUGGAACAACAAUCCGUGUUGUCAAGAACCUUAGAGUUUGUGGAGAUUGCCAUAACGCUGGUAAAUUUAUAUCAUUGAUAUUUGGCAGGCAAAUUAUUCUCAGAGAUGUUCAAAGAUUUCACCAUUUCAAAGAUGGGAAAUGCUCUUGUGGUGAUUACUGGUAG